AUGCUGCAAACAAACAGACCCUUAACAAAAGCAGCGCGAGCUCGAGCCAAUUGGACUAUAAAAUCUCUCUACCUCUCAGAGGCCAGGGUAGUAUUCGAACGAACUCAUUCAUUCUCCUCUUUCAUCUGCAAUCAUGCCGAAAUAAAUCCACGAGAUCAAGGAUUUCCUUUUGACGGCGAGGAGGAAAGAUGCGAGAUCGGUGAGGAUCAAGAGGAGCAAAGAUGUGGUCAAGUUCAAGGUCCGAUGCUCCAGAUAUCUCUACACUUUUGUGUGUUCUUGAUGCCGAGAAAGCCGACAAGCUCAAGCAAUCUCUUCCCCCUGGUUUGACUGUCCAGGAUCUCUGAAGCUGCAUAUGACAGAUUGGUUACCGGAUUUUUGUGGCCUUGGUCUUUAGUAUUCUUGAAACUUUGUGGAUGUUAUGAACAAUAUUAUUUUGCCAGAACCGUGUUUAUUUUCUCAGAACAAAAUUUGCUGUUGUAGCAGUUGCGAGAGCUGUCUAGUAAGCAAAUUUGUAGCAUGUUUUGAAGUUAUGAGCAAAAUGGGUAGACGGUAGCCUUAAAGCU